AUCUGGGAAACUUUGAUCCUGACUCAUGUCAGUAUUAAAUGAAUCCAUAGAAAUUAAAAACUUGUAAAGGAAAAGUUGUGCAGAGUGUGAAAACGGGCCUCCUCCCUCCGCACUGCUGAGGAGAAACGCGGAAGUCGUAAUAAAAGCUGUGAACACGCUGUCAGAGGUAAAAGCCAAACCUGGAGGGCUGGAGCCACUUUUAGGGAAUCUGUUAAGAGUUUGCAUGAGCAGGAAACGAGCUGGAGCGCCAAGCGGCUCCGCUCUGCGCCAGUAGAGUCUGAAAACUGCGCAGAUUCAUUCGAAACGAAGCGUAAAGAGUCAGAAACUUACAGCCAUAUCUCGGCCGCUGCCCGUCUACGUCGUCUGAAGUUGACAUCCUCCCGUUCAGAGAAACUCUCCGCGCUCCACGGCUCGCCUCACAAGAAGAUUUCAAACUUUGCGCACGGAUUGAUCCGCUCUUUCCAGACUCUGCACUGCGCCAAAUUCCGACAGAAACCCGUUCAGGACCCUUCGGCCCUCUUGUUUCCUCUUCUGCACAGUUUGAACGGAGACUCUCUUUUUUUCUGCUUCUUCUAAGCUCACUGAUGUCACAGCAGCAGGGCGGAGCUUCACCGUUCUGCAUAAAACAAGAGAGAGAGGUUCUGCUGUCGAAGCGGCCGGGUCUCUCCGUUCCUCCAUCUGAUCUGCAGCCUUCCUCCUCCUCCUCCUCCUCCUCCUCCUCUUCCUCCUCCAGCACCAUGGAGAGCUCCAGGUUGCUCCAGGCUCUGCUGCUCCUCAGCCUGCUGUCGGCCCGCUGCCACGGCCAGGCGCCACCGGACAACUUCCAGGAUGAGAAACUGGACCCAGCUGCAGACCGAGACCUGGUGGAAGCUCUUGAGGUUCUGCUGGGUCGGAUCCACAGCCGGGUUUCUUCCACGGAGAAACGAGGGAGCAUCCCGCUGUGCGGGAUGGGGGGCCGCUGCGCCGUGAAGUUCGGCCCUCGUAUCGGGAAACUCUGCGACUGCGGAAGAGGCGCCAACUGCAACUCCUACCUGCUGAAAUGCAUCUGAGGAGCGUUUAUUUCUCCUGACUUCCUGCA